AUGUGGUUCCCAAAUCUCUUCGUGUUGCUUGCAGCAGCGGGUUCGUCGCUGGCUCACAAAGAGCCCAAGACGACGAGGGAAAUUGAGGUUCAACGGGCUCUGCAAGCCGCAGCUUAUCAUUGCGCCCCAGCCAUUGAAUCGUUUACCGCUGGUCGAAAACGUGCUUUCGCCCAGCGAGCUCUUGCUGGGGGCGUUCCCGGCUACCAGCAAUUAUUCUCCUCUGACACCUACGAAGAUCUCAGGAAACAGAUUGGUUCUUCCGAAGAAGAUGGAGAACAGGAACUCAUGUCGUGCUCGCCGAUAGGGGAGACCCACAUCCAGAACAAUAGUUGUGUUCUAGCCCCAGAGGUAACAGAAGGUCCGUAUUACCACACGGAAGGCCAUCCGAUACGCCAGAAUAUCGCCGAAUACCAGGAUGGAUUGUUGUUGCUCCUUGACAUCGGGGUUAUCGAUGUAGAGACCUGCAAACCUCUUCCCAACGUCCUUGUGGACAUCUGGCAAGCCAAUGCGACUGGAAGCUACGCAGGACAUCCCUUCCCUCGCCCCGAACUCGUGAACGAGCAACCUCAGGUUGGCGGGAAACGUGCUGGACUUCUCAGUGCAUAUCCGCGGACUGUUUUCGAAGAGACCUGGCUGCGAGGAGCGUGGCCCACAGAUCGCAAUGGAGUAGCCCAAUUCACGACCAUCUUCCCUGGCUACUACACAGGUCGUGCGACCCACAUUCAUACCAAAGUCUUCCCAGAAUGGGUCCCGCUUCCGAAUGGCACGUUCAAAGCAGGACGAUUGGCCCACGUUGGCCAGUUCUUCUUCGAAGACGAGAUCAACCUCGUCAUCGACAACAUGCAUCCCUAUUCCGAGAACCCGAUCCGCCACACCCGGGGACGAACAAGGAACUGGCGCGAUUCGUUGAACAUCUUCGAGGAUAGUCACGGUCCCGAGGGCAAGUAUAACCCUGUUUUCAAACUAGAAUUUUUGGGCGGUGUUAUUCGCCAAGGUCUGAUUGGAUACAUUACAAUGGGCGUCAACGCGAGCGCCUCGUAUGAUAACUGGUGGAAAGGUUGAGCAUAUACUUCAUUAAUAAAACCGGUUUUGGGC